AUGGACUAUGACGAGGUGCUCCCGGGCACGCGCCGCCUUUUUGAUGCUGAAGGAUCUCCUCUUUCGACCGAGUUUGGGUUGAAAAAGCAUGGCGACCUUGUCUUGGUCCCUCAGCCGACCGAGUCACCAAACGAUCCUCUUCACUGGUCGUUGCCUCACAAACUAUGGCACAGUUUUCUCGUCUGCUACGUGACCGCUCUGACGGCGGCCACUUCAAACGAUGCAGGGGCAGCUCAGUAUAACGAAAACCUCGAGCUGGGUAUCAGCUAUGCCUCUUUCAAUACAGGGGCGGGCAUUUUGUUCAUCGGGAUUGGUUAUUGGACUCUUCUGUCAUCCCCUGCAGUGUACCUGUACGGACGGCGAAUCUUGUAUCUUGUUGGUAUGCUUUUUGGUGUGGCCGGGAGUAUCUGGUUCGCCAAGGGUCAGUCCACCAGUGAUGCUCUCUGGAACCAACUCUUCGUCGGUGCCUCCGAGUCGGUGGCCGAAGCAACGGUGCAAUUGUCGUUGAUGGAUCUGUGGUUUCAACAUCAGCGCGGUUCAAUCCUCGGUGUUUACGUGCUGGCCACCAGUAUCGGAACAUACUUAGGUCCAUUGAUUGCCAGCUACGUUGCUGACAGCAGUCUCGGUUGGAGAUGGAUCGGCUGGCUCGGUGCCAUCUUCAACGGGGUGACCUUUCUAGUUCUCCUCUUCGGCCUGGAGGAGACUAGUUUCCGUCGUGAACGGUACCUCGUCAAUGAUGGCGACAGGUAUCUCAUUGACGGUGUCAACCGGGCCCACAGUGAGAGAUCUGCAAGUUUGGCAGCGGACGUGGCAGAUAAGGAAAAGAUUCCCGGUGAUGCUGAGCGAGCACUUGCGUCUGACAGCCUGGAACAGCAUCGCGGCACCGGCAGAGACGAGAAACCCAAGUCAUAUUGGCAGCGCAUCGCCAUCAUCACUCCCGCCCCGAACCUCCGAGGAACAGGUUUCAAACAAUAUUUCCAGCGCCUGUUCCAUACACUUCGCAUCUUCACCUUCCCUGCCGUCAUCUACUCUGGCUUGCAAUGGGGCGCACAAGAUGCCUGGUUGACAUUCUACUUGACCGUCGAAGAAGAUACUUGGUAUGAAGCACCAUGGUAUUACACUGAUGCUGAGGACGGCAACAUGAAUAUUCCAACUCUCAUUGGAGCAGUGAUUGGCUGUUUGUACGGCGGCUGGCUGAGUGACAAGUUCGUCUUGUGGAUGACCAAGCGAAACGGCGGUGUCAUGGAAGCCGAACAACGCCUUUGGCUCAUGUUACCUUGCGCUUGCAUUUUCCCAACAGGUCUUUGGAUAUUUGGCAUCGGAAGUGCUCACGGCUGGGCUUGGCCUGCACCAUAUGUCGGCCUCGGCUUCAUCGGCUUUGGCUGGGGCUGUGCUGGAGAUCUCAGCAUGGCCUAUCUGAUGGACGCCUACCCAGACAUGGUGCUCGAGGGAAUGGUGGGCGUUGCAACGAUCAACAACACCAUCGGGUGCAUCUUUUCCUUUGUCACGUCCUAUUGGCUUGAUGCUAGUGGUAUUCAGAACACGUUCAUUGCUAUUGGGGUCUUGUCGUUUGUAUUCAUCAUGACUACUGUACCCAUGAUCAUUUGGGGCAAGAGAGCUCGGCGCUGGACGAGGGACAGGUAUCAAAACUUUUUGCAGAUUCGUGAUGGGUUUGGGAACUGA